AUGUUCAUGUCUGAUGGUAACCAGGCAACGUGUGUGGAGGAGAUCCUCAAAGCAGACCCAGGCCAGCUCCAGGCUGAGGAUUCUGUAUAUGGUGGGACGCCUCUCCACUGGGCCAAAACUGCUGAGAUGUGUCGUUUGCUGCUGGAGCAUGGCUGUAUGGUGAACUAUCUCAGUAAGACCGGGGAGAGCGCCCUCCACAUUCUGACCAAGAAGGGCCGCUUUGAGGCAGCCAUGGUGUUACUCACCCACGGAGCCAACGCCAACCUGAAGGGACAAGACAGGAACACAGCUCUGCACCUCGCUAUGAAGAUGGACCACAUGGAGUUGAUCAAAGCUCUGAUUGUAUUUGGUGCUGAUGUGGAGAUCCACAACGACUUGGGAGAAACGCCUGGACUGAUCGCUGCACGCACCAGCAAAGGUCCGAAUAGAAAGAUACUGCUGGACAUGCUGUGUAGUGUAGGGGUCCAGCGGUGCCUCCCCCCCUCCCCUGCCAGUCCUCCCCCCAUCUCCAACAAGGCCCCACCUCCAGGCAUAGGGUUUGAGGACAUCAUGUUCGUGGGGGCUGCAGUCACUGCAAUGACCAGAGGCACAUCUGAAGUGGACGGGCCCAAAACGGGGAAAAGGAAUUACAUUGUGCAAGAACAGGUGUUCAGGGAGCGGAGUGGGAAUGAAAGAGGCACCUUUCUCUCUAUUACAAAUGAGACAAAAAGUUCUGGUGUAAAAAAAGUUCUGGCCCUCGCUAUAAUCCACGGAAAGUCCAUGGAGUACCUUCGCUGCCUGUACUUCAGGAUGAAAGAGCAGGUGUUCAAAGGGUCACGACCCUAUGAAUCAGCACCACUGGAGGAUUUCCUGAAGAAAGAAUUUGGAGAGAACACCAAGAUGACAGACGUCCAAUACCCCAGGGUGAUGGUGACCAGUGUUCUGGCUGACAGACAUCCAGGAGAACUGCACAUCUUCAGGAACUAUGACCCUCCCUCCAUCCACAGAGAGCCCCCGUAUGCCACCACGGCCACGUUCCAGCCUCUCACUGUCCCACAAGGAUGGGAGGAUGAGGAUGUGUUGAUAGUAGGAUACACAGUGGAGCCAGCCAGAAAGCGUAGGAAGGUGACAGCUGAAGGUGUGUUUGUGAGUGAAAAACAAAGGGACAGGUUCACAAAGAACUUAACUUGGUCAGUCACAAAAUUACCUCACAAAUUCCCAUUUGUUCACGUAUAA